UCUGAAAUAGUUGGUGAAAAAAGAGGUAGCGUCUUCACGAUUAUACUUGCGAAAUAUCAGUAUCUGGUGCAUCGCGUACGAACGGGUGUUGUUACAAACGUGAAAGUUUCGUGCUAAAUUAACACGUUGGAAACACGUUAGAACGAGAGCUGCCGGCUCCGUUCCACGAGCUCGUGUUCCUCGACCGCAUGACACACGCUGUUGGCGCGAUAAGCGACGUCUCGAUCGGCACGAUAUAUCGCAAAGUGACGAGUUUCAAUUUGAUUCCCAUCAUCGUACCAUGGAAGCGGAAUUAUUGACAGUAGACGAUUUCUUUCCCGGAUUACCGAUAACAAUCGAUCAGGGUUUAACGGAAAUGCCUCAAGAAUCGUUAAUCAAUAUUAUUGCAAAUGAUUAUGGUGUGGAUACAUCUCAGCCCAUUAUUAGCUCCAUUUGGAACGACAAUGAAUGGAAAGCAGAUACAGAUGCAGCAUUUUCAAAGUUUUUCACAACGGGCCCGAAUUAUAUGCAGUUAGUAGAGUUUGAAGAAUUCAAGGAUGUUGUAGAUAUGAGUUUAUGUGAUACAAAACAUACAUGGAAUAACAUGUAUGAAGGAGAGAUUGCAAAUUUACCGCAAGAGGUAAAUCUGGGUCCUGACUUAAAAUUAGAGGAAGAAGAACAAAAAACAGUCAAUUUUACGAGAAAAGACGGGAAAAAAGAUAUCUUUGAAAUGAUGCAUUUUCCAAUGGAAAUUAUAAAGACUGAAACUACAAAAGAAAUAAAGGAAGAAAAAGUUAAUGACUCAAUCAUUUUAUCUAAAUUAGUUCAAGAAACACGUGAGUUUGAAAGAAAAGAUGCAAAUACUGCGAAAAAAAGUCGAAAUAUAAAAGGAAAAAGAAAAAAAAGGGAUGUAAUUAUAAAAGAUAAGCAAGAGGAGCAAGAGGAUUGUAUAGAUGUUGAAACUAUAUCAGAUGAAGUACCAGUAUUGGAAGCUGUUGACGUAAAGAGUUUGUUAGAACAAUUUGAAGCUUCUGAAAAGAAUCCGCGUAAUAAGUCUGUUACUAAAAAUAAUUUCCUAUCUGGCACAAAAUUGAACACAAUGCAACAAAUGACUCAAGAAUACCAAAGUCAAGUAUUAAAGAAGCCUUCUUCAAAAGUUUGUAAUCAACAUACGAAUAUACCAGAUUCAGUGUCAAAAGAAGUAAUUGAUAGGAUAAAGGCCUCAGGACGUAAAAGAACUAUUUCAAUAAUACCUGCUAUGCCAAAUGUACAGAAUAAAAAUCGUAGUAGUAAUAAUACACGAAUACAAGAUGCUGGUGCUACGUUAGCUCAUAAUAAAGUUUUAAAACAAGUAACAAACAAUGCUAAGAAUAAGACAACAGAUGGUACUUUAGUACAAUUGGAUCAUGAUUAUUGUUAUAAUGGCUUUGUUACUAGGAGCUGUGAUAGCAGUAAACUCACAAAACAUACAUCUGUAUUAAAAUCAAGUCAGAAUAAGGAAAUGACAAAAUGUGGCAAAAUCAUAGAAUGUCAUAACAAUAGUAACUCGAAGAAAGACAACAAUUUGGAAUCGGCUGAUAUAUGUGAUACAAAUAAACUAGCAGGUUUUACUUUAUUGAAUGGACAAACACAUAAAAUUAAUGAAAAUAGACUCGAAAGUGAUCAAAAGGACUGUCAAGAGAAGAUUUGUUUGGAACAGUCUUGUGUCUCAAAUGAUUCAUUGGCCAAUAAACCUAAGAGUGCGAAAGUUUCAAGCAAAUCUUCUGAUAAAGAUUCUCCUGUGUAUUUAAUUCGCUCGGUUUUAGCUCAAAAUAUUUUACGAUCGAGAAAUGAUUUGUCUAAGAAUACUUUGCCAUUGAGUGCUCCAAUGCAAAUGAUUUCCGUAUUAAAGAAACCACCAAAUGCACAAUCACUAUUAAAAAGUAAUUCUGAUGAAAAUAUAGUGACUACUAUAAACAGUUUAAAUAAUGAGAUACAGAAUGUAAUUGUACAAAAUACUCAAGAUUUAGCUUCAGGCGAACAAGCGAAGAAACCACCGUUUCGUAAAAAAUUAAAUUUGGCGGAAUAUCGAAAUAGGAGAGAUCAAAAUCGUAGCGACAAUAGUAGAACAAGUUCUCCAAUACAGCCCAUGACAUUGUUGUAUGUUCACCACGCUUCCACUACAACAGAACCAAUUAAAAAUGAUUCUGGAGAUCCAAUUUGGUCAGAAAGGGAAAUUGUUUCAAUAUUGAAACCUAAGUCGGAUAUAAAUGAAGAGAAAAACAAAUCAAAACCACUUAUGUGCGAUAUAGAAAUACAGACAUAUGAAACGGUGUUUGAAUUUACUAAAAGAUCAUUGGUGGAUUCUGCAGAGAAAAAUGAUAAGAGAGAACAAAAUAUAAAGGACGUAAAACAAAGAUCCUAUAGAAAGAAUGAAUUUCGUAGGAGAUCGAGUCGAUCCAGAUCGAAAAGUAGAAAGCUAAGCAGAAGCAGAAGCCGGAGUAGAAGUAGGAACCGUAGAAGACGGAGUAGAAGCAGAAACAGAAACAGAAGUAGGAGCGAAAGCCGAAACAGAAGCAGGAGUAGAAGAAGCAAAAGUAGAAGUAGAAGUAGGAACAGGAGCCGAAGCAGAAGUAGAAGUAGAAAUAGGAGUCAAAAUAGAAACAAGAGUAUGAAAAAUGACAGUAGAAGCAGAAGCAGGAGUAGAUCUCGCAGAUGCAGCCAACGAAGAAUUCGAUCCCGUCGACGCAGUUCCGUUAGCUCAACCAGCAGUUGGUCGUCACAGUCACGCUCAUAUACGACAUCUACCAGAUCACGAUACUCUCGCUCGCGUUCCAGAUCAUCCCGAUCCCGAUCUAGAUCUAGAUCUUUUUCGCGAGAUUCUAGCUGUUCAAGGUCUUCCUCUUACACGAAUUAUGGAAGAAGUAGAUGGUCUAAUUAUCGGAGGAAAGGCAGCAGUGAUCGCGAAAGAAGUUAUGAUAGAUAUAAAAGACAUUCCUUCGAUAACCGUCGUAAUUACAAAAAUUGGAGAUCGCCUGUACACUCUUACUGUAAAUCCUACAAUUGGUACAAUAGAGAAAAGCAGAAACAAGUGGAGGAACGAAGAGUGAUAUAUGUGGGACGUUUAGAUGAAAAUAUUACCAAAGCUGAUUUGCGCAGAAGAUUUGAGGUUUUUGGACCUGUUGCAGAUAUCAGUGUACAUUUCCGUGAGCAUGGCGAUAAUUAUGGUUUCGUCACUUUUGUAUACAAAAAUGAUGCAUAUGCGGCUAUAGAGCACGGUAAUGAUGAUCCAUCUCUACCUACAUAUGAUUUAAGCUUUGGUGGUCGUAGGGCAUUUUGCAAGUACAAAUAUUCAGAUCUUGAUGAUACAGCAAGUAGCUCACCUAUUAGCAAAUCAUCUCAAGCAAAUGAAGAAGACACUUUCGAUUUUCUUUUGGAGGAAGCAAAAGCUAAACUGCGGAAAAGAAAAGUUUGACAUAUGUACUGUCUAAUAGUUAUAAAUAUAACUUAAAUGAGAUAGUAUAUAAAUGAAUUAUUGAAAUAUAUCAAAGGAAAAGAGACAUUUUUAUUUAUACAGACAUGCACAUGAAACAGUGCAUUCUACCGCUGUCCUUUUACCAUAAGAAAUAGAAAAUAUUAGAAAUACACAAAUAUCCGGCCGAUCGAAAGAUUUGGUUUGAAUUUUUUAUUGUAAAUGCGCGGAAUAUUUGUUACCUCGGUUUUAUCCGAAUCUUAUCCAAUUUUUCGAAAGAAACCAUGACUUAUCAGUUUUCCUGUGAUUAUAUUUCGAUUAUAAAUAAAAUCUGGUUGAUCGAAAAUAUGUAAGAUAAUUGAAUUUAGCAAGUAUGAUAAGCUUGAUAAGAAUAAUCAAAUUCAAAUUGACUUGACUAGUGUCCACAUGUUCCUAGCAAAUGUAAUGAUACGAUGAAAGGCACUACUUGCCUUAAUGUAGAUAAAUAAUAUCUUUCAAGUCAAAAGUAUGAUUGAUAAAAGAGGAAUGGAUUUAUAUCAAAAAUAAAUUUACUUUGAACUUGCAGUAAUGGUAAUAUCUUUAUGAAAAUUAAAAAAUUCACAGCUAGAAUAUUUUUUUAUAAA